AUGGAGGCUGCCAGUGCUCACCAUAACUUUCACCUCUUCCCACAACUCCCACCAGAGAUCCGCCUGCGCAUCUGGUCCCUCAACCUACCACAAGCAUCCCGCCUCAUCCCCAUCAACGCCAACACCCCCUCUACCAGCAAGCAAUCAUCAUCACCAUCAAGAGGCGCAUCCGGCUGCACAACAACGACAGCCGUCCCGCCCAACCUCCACGCCUGCAGCGAGUCACGCCUCCACGCACUACAGACACUCACCCCAUCCUUUGGCUUCGCCCGGACCCAAGGCCGCAUCCCCUUUGACUAUGCCCGGGACAUGGUCUACUUCCCCCGCCUACCGGGUCUCGCCGCCUCGUCCUCCUCCUUCCGGUCCUUCCUCCUGCUCUGCUGCCCCGGCGAGCUGGGCCGACUUGGACGGGUGGCCGUCCACGAGGACGUGCUGGGCGUCGACGACGCGUGCUAUCACAGCGGCGUCGCCGUCGGGCGCACUGUGGAGGUCAUCACGCUCAUCCGCGCGCAGCUGCCGAGUGUGGACGAGGUCAUCUUUGUCAGUCCAAGCGAGGACAGCGGGCGGAGACUGCAGAUGCAGGUCGAGACCACCAUGCGGGACCAAGGCGAGGAUACACUGCGGUGUAUGGUCGUCCUCGAGGGCGCGGAGUAG